UGAUGCGUGUAAUAAGUAAUUGUUUGUACGGUAGGGUGGCAAAAUAAAUCUUCUCUCGCCUUCUUCUUCUGCUUCUAUUCGGUGGUAUAGCAGACGAAACAUAAAAGGCUAUCGAACAAGAAAAAGCAUAUUGAAAUGAGCAACAGCGUGAGCUUCAGCCGGUUCUACGACAACUGGUUCGAGCAGCUCCAUCAUCUGGUUCAUCAACUCAACAAAGCCCCUAAGCCACCAUCGACCGAUGAAGAUGCAACCCAUCUGGCUCAUUUAGUGGACAAGCUCAUGAGUCACUACGCAGAGUACUACCGAGUCAAGUCGGUGGCGGCAGAGCGGGACGUGUUGACGGUGUUUACCGCCCCUUGGGCCUCAUGGCUCGAACGCUCGCUGCACUGGAUUGCUGGGUGGCGCCCCACCACUUUGUUUCACCUUGUCUAUACAGAGUCCAGUAUUCUGUUCGAGUCCCAUAUUGUUGAUAUUUUAAGAGGCUUGAGAACCGGAGAUCUCGGUGAUCUAUCGCCCACUCAAUUCAGGCAAUUCACUCUGACUUUUGUUUACCUGUUUUAUUUCGUUUUCUUGUCAUAAGUUGUAAUGUUUAUUGAAAUGUAAUUGAACAGAAGGGUGAGUGAGCUGCAGUGCGAGACGGUGAAGGAAGAAAACGAAAUAACAGAGGAGCUUUCGGAAUGGCAGGACGGAGUGAGUGAAUUAGUCGGGUCAUCGUCGUUAUGCUCCGAUGUGGAAGACAAGUUGACACAGCUCGCGAGCAUUAUAGACAAGGCGGAUGAUCUCCGGCUGCGGACGGUGAGGAUGGUGGUGGAGCUAUUGACUUCCCAACAAGCUGCAGAGUUCUUGAUUGCUGCUGCUGAGUUGCAGAUUGGUAUCCGAUUCUGGGGAACCAAUCAGGAGUACCGUCUACGAGAUGGUAUGUGAUCGUCAGUUGGAAUUAGGGUUUGCUUAUCAUCUUUUUGCUUUUUGAUGUUGUUCAACUGUCAGAUUCUUCUCAUUUUUUUACAAUCUAAAUCAGAUAGUAUUGUAUGUUUUAUUUUUAAUAUAAAAUCAGAUUGUUCAA